AUGUUUUGCAUGAAAUAUUUAUUCAGUUUGAUUCUCUCAAAUUGUAUUUUUGCUUCACCUCAAAUUAAUCUUCAUUAUACGGAUUGGAUUCUUGAGAGUGAAAACAAUAGUGUUUUACCCAAUAAUUGUUUGCGUGUUGCAGUUGCUAACAAUGAAGAAGAAACUUAUCGUGAAAUUAUAAUUUAUUGUAUGUAUGAAUUAUCAACAAAAUUUUAUAUUGAGAAAUACAAUAGCUUUCCAAAAUUUACCUUUGGUGAACUUUCAGAAAAAAAUAUAACUAGUCAACAGUUAUAUCUUUGGUCGACUCCAAUUGAUAUUGUUGAACGUUAUCAAUUCUAUUUAAAUCAAUUAUCAACAUCAAAUGAUACAUCUUUAGAAACACAAGUUUUCUAUAAUUGUACAUUUCCAAGAUUCGGUCCAAUGUGUCAAUAUGAAAUGAAUUAUUUUAAUGAAAAUCAGUCAUCUUUAUAUGAUGUUAUUUAUAAUUAUUAUAAUAAUCAAUCAUAUGAUUCAAAUUUUUUGACAUGCUAUAUUCAUUUACAAUGUAAUCGUGGUCCUUUUCCAUUAUGUAUAAAUUGGAGAGAAAUUUGUGAUGGAAUUGUAAAUUGUAUUGAUAGUAAAUUUGAUGAAGAACAUUGUUGGCAACUUGAAAUUAAUGAAUGUAAUGACAAUGAAUACCGAUGUACUAAUGGACAAUGUAUACCAAAGUCAUUUUUUAGAGAUAAUCCUAAUGUUCCUGAUUGUAUCGAUACCUCGGAUGAAUAUGGAAUCGAAAAUUCAGUUCCUUAUCAAUGUUCUAAAGGUGAGCCUUCAUUUAAAUGUGAAGAUGUUGGAUAUACCUUUUCCACACUGUUAAAGUAUUUUAACAGUGCCACUUUGAAAUUGCACAUUGAAGCUUCAUAUUCAGCCAAAGAUGAUUCGAUGUCUGAACAAUGUUGGUCAGCUUUUAAAUCACUUUUUGAUUCAAAACUCUUCAAUAAGAUCUGUGAAACAACAAAAUGUGAAGAAAUUAUUAACAAGACAUGUCCAGAUAUGUUUUUCUUUCCAAAUGUUCCACUUCUUUUGGGUGAAAUUUACUUUGCACAUAGAAAAAGUAACUUUUUAACAAUAUCCUCCUAUCGAAAUUACAUAAUACCUUAUAUAUGUUAUAAUAGUUCUUACUAUGAUGACUAUUUCAUUAAUACAACAAUGUUGAUAUUCAAAAAUACGAAAUGUUUCUCCUCUCAUUUGUUCAAAAUUCCUUACUCGAAUGGAAUUUUAUGGAUGUAUCAAUAUGAUACUGACUUUAAAACGCUUAUUGAUGCUCUCAAUAAAUAUUAUCUAUUUUUUAAUUAUACUUCUACAAUUUGCAAUAGAUCAAACAUGUAUCAAUGUGUUAAUUCAUCGAAAUGUAUCUCAAAAUAUCGUCUCAUGGAUAGUAGAUCGGAUUGUCCUAAUGGAGACGAUGAAAAUUUGAAGCAUAUUAUUGAUGUUGAUCUAAUAGAACUCUUAAAAAACCAUAUGAAAUGCAAAAUAUCUAAUACAUAUAUUGCACCAUCACUUAUAAAUGAUAACUAUUGUCAUUGUCCAGUUAAAAAUUUAUCUUGGUGUGAAAAUGAACUUAAGAAUUCUUCUUUUUGUAAUAAUGAACUCGAUUCGAAUGAGUGGUGUGAAGAUGAACCUAAAUAUGUUUUCUCUAUUCAAAAGAAUAUUUCAUUUCAAACAGUUUGUGAUGGUUUUAUUGGAAUAUUUCCAAGAAAAAUUGAAGGAAUAAUUGAAACUGAUGAAACAGGAUGUGAACAAUGGUCAUGCAAUAACAUUUAUACUUAUUGUGAUGAUAUAUGGGACUGUCCUCGUGGUGAAGAUGAAAUUGGUUGUCACUCAUUUUCAAAAUUAAAUUGUUCUUCAGAUUAUCAUUUAUGUGUUUUACCUGACACAUAUCAAUUGGCAUGUAUAUCUAUUGAAAAAAUUAAUGAUGGUACAAUCGAUUGUCUUGGUGCUACUGAUGAGCCUACAUUAUGUCCAGGACAGCAUAAUCUGUAUUUUAACUUGAACUUUUAUUGCACAUAUGAAGGCAAUAGAAAAUGUGUAUCUAGGUCUAAUCUAUGCAAUAACAAGAAAAAUUGUGAUCAAGACGAAGAUGAACAAUUUUGUAUUAAAAAUCGAAGUGUUUCCAUCAAAAAACAUUUUUGUGAUGUCUCAAUGCAAUCUUAUCUUUCUGAUGUUGAGAAAUUUCUAUGUCGAGUAACACGAGCAAAACUUAGACAAAUAAUAAAAUAUUUUUCAUUAAAUGGCCUUGAUACAGAGAAUAACCCUGUGGUACCCGAUACAACAAAAACUGUACUUUCAAAAUCAACUAUCUUAGAAACUCGUCAAAACUAUCAACGUCAAUGUCAUCGUGGUCUUGCCUUACGUGUCUGGUUAAAUGAUGAGAAGAACUUAACAACAAAUACAUGUUUGUGUCCACCUAGUUAUUAUGGUGAUCAAUGCCAGUAUGAAAAUCAACGAGUAAGUUUGACCAUUAAAUUUCAAGCAUUAUCAGAUUCUUGGUCAACUUCAUUUGCAAUAGUUAUUUCACUUAUUGAUAAUAGUAAAGAAAGAAUAAUUCAUUCGUAUGAACAAUUUACUUAUUUAUCAUCACAAGAUUGUAAAAUCAAAUUUAAUAUUUAUUUACUGUAUUUAACUCGACCAAAAGAUUUAACCAAAAAUUAUGCAAUACAUAUUGAUUUCUAUGAAAAAUUUUCAUUAAUGUAUCGAGGAAGUUUACUAUAUCCAAUAAAAUUUUCGUUUUUACCUGUUCAACGUCUUGCAUAUAUGGUUAUUAUUCCACAACGUAAUGAAAAAUUUCAAAGUUGUUCAAAUUCUCAUUGUAUUCAUGGUAAAUGUAUUGUAUAUUACAAUACUCUACAGAAUAAUACUUUUUGUCAAUGUCAUCCUGGAUGGUCUGGACGAUAUUGUACUAUUCCAUAUACUUGUACAUGUUCAUCAGAUUCAAUAUGUAUUGGUGUAUCUGCUUAUAAUCGAUCAAUAUGUAUUUGUCCUAUUAAUAAAUUUGGUUAUCGAUGUCUUAUUCCUAAUACAAUUUGUCAAAUGAAUAAUAAUAAUUUAACAUGUCAAAAUGGUGGUCAAUGUAUUCCUAUUGAUGAACAUAUGUCGUCAUCGAAUAAAAAAUUUUCAUGUAUUUGUCCAAAAGGUUAUAGUGGAGAUCGAUGUGAAAUAAUUGAUAACAAAAUAACUUUAACAUUUGAAGAGGAUAUUGUUUUGUCCCAAUCAAUAUUUAUUCAUUUUAUUGAAGCUAUUAAUGGUCGUGAUCCAAUUAGAACAACUACUUUUCGAACAAUUCCUCUAACACAAAAUUCACUUACAAUUUUUUGGUCACGACCAUUUCAUCUUGCUUUUAUUGAAUUUUAUAAUAAAAUGUAUUAUUUAGCUAUUAUCCAAAAAACUUACCAACAACCAACGAAUAUUGUUAAAAAGAUAAAAUCAUCCGAUCGUUGUCAACAUAUAAGUGAAUUAUUUAAUGAAACUUUUGUUCAAUUAAAUCUUAUUCGUCGUAUAAAAUAUUAUCAUUUACCAUGUCAACAAAAUCUAUCAAAACUUCAAUGUUUUUAUGAUGAUGUUCAUAUUUGUCUAUGUUAUAAUCAUAGAAAACAGCGUGUAGCAAACUGUUUUCAAUUUAAUCAUAAUAUGAAAUUGGAUUGUCUCGGUCAAAGCGUUUGUGAAAAUGGUGGCCAAUGUUUUCAAGAUAGUGAAGAUUGUCCAGCAAGAUCAAUAUGUAUUUGUCAACCGUGUUUCUUUGGAGCUCGCUGUCAAUUUAGUUCGAAUGGAUUUGGUUUAUCAGUUGAUGCUAUUUUAGGUUAUCAUAUUCAACCAAAUAUUAGUUUUUUAAAUCAAUUAACUAUUGUUCAAAUUAGUUCAGUAUUAACAAUAAUAUUUCUAAUUGCAGGAUUUAUCAAUGGAAUUUUAUCUUUAAUUACAUUUAAUAAUAAUAAAAUAUGUGAAGUUGGUUGUGGUUUAUAUUUAUUAGGUUCAUCAAUAACAACUUUACUUACAACAAUUUUAUUUGGAUUAAAAUUUUGGAUACUUCUUUUGGCUCAAAUGGGAAUUAUAACAAAUCGAUUAUUUUCAAUAAUACAAUGUUUAUCUCUUGAUUGUCUUUUACGAAUUUGUCUUAAUAUGGAUCAAUGGUUAAAUGCAUGUGUAGCAAUGGAACAUGCUCUUACAAUAAUGAGAGCUACCGAUUUUCAAAAGAAAAUAAAUGCGGAAACUUCGGAUUUAAAUCCGAGAGUUAUGUGUACUUCAAAAAGUGAAUCAUACAAAUCAAUCAUCCUAGACUGUCUGAAUAUCAAAAUUAUACUGUGA